GGUACUGGUACGGUUGCUGCUCCGGGCUGAGGGGAAGGUGUGUGGAGGCUCUCCUAGCUACAGCUGUGGCUUUAUUUAACGAGAGAAGUGGGAACUGGUGGGUGAGGGAAGUGCGUCUUCGUUGCCUGGAACUUACUGAUUCUGUCUUAAUGGUUCUCGUCUUCUUUAUUCGCCGGUGAGCUGAAUGGCCGAAAUAACUGGUGUUUCUCCGGGUUUUUUCAAGCAGGCUUGCUUCGAGCUAACUAAGCGGCGAUGAAGUUUCCCACGAGAAACAUGGCUACUGAGCUCAACAGUGGAGGGAGUCAGGUGAGAUCUCUGCCAGCGGUCAGCAUCUCGGGCUGUCCUCCCGCUCCUGACACUUGGCGUGUCGGGACACAUUGUGUGCCUUCACAGCGCUACGUUGUUAAACAUUUUUGGCUGACAAGUUUAUGUAGAUAAUGUCCCAUGUUAUAGCUCUUAUUCUCAAACUUGGUAUUUUUCAGAUUAAAAGCUAAGUAUGCUACAUGAAAUAAAUGAGAUUUUGAGAACUACUUCUGACCAGAAAGCUGCCCCUGGUUGUGGUGUCAUGUCAGGAUCCAGGAUGAUGGAUGAAAGCUUGUCAGCUCUAAUGAAGGAGUAUUAUGAACAAGUGGAAGAAAUGAGAAAACAGCAGCAGCUUUAUUGGGUACAAAUGAGAGAGAUGAGACAAAAUCUUGAACAAGUCACUCGAGAAAAUGAAAGGCUGCACGCAGAGUUGAAAGAGGCUAUUGAGAAGCAACUGGACACCUUUCCUUUCGUGUCUCUGGGAACUGAUAUUCUUGCAGAUGAUUAUACAGUGAAAAACCUUCAAGAGCAACUAAAACUGGAAACUCAAGCAAAGGAGAAAGCAGUAGAGCUUUGGCAGACUGUAGUACAGGAGCGUGAUCAACUCCAGCAGAAGUACCAGGAGUACCUGACUGAAACAGAGAUUCACAUGGUUGAAAUGCAAAAGCAUAAAGAUCAGCUGACUGGUUUUCAGCAGUUGACUCAGCAACUGCGCAUAGCCAAUACAAAGAAAGAGUUGACUAAUCAACAGCUUCUGCAACUUGUAGCAGAACAAAAUGUGGAACUACAGAACCAACAAAAACAACUGAGGCAAGCCAGAAAAGAUGAGCAGGCAGCAAAAGUUAAGGUUGAUGAAAUGACCAAAUCAACAAAAAUGCUUCAAAGCCAAUUGGAGAGAAAGGAAGAAAACAUGCUAUUUGACCAGCAAAGAGAAGCAGCAUUUGGCAGACACUUGAAUCAAAUGCAGGAGAGGAUAAAACAACUAGAAACAAGAUUAAGCAUUACUGUCCAAGAUGCUCAACAGCAGAGAAAAGAAAGAGCAGCCUGGGAGAAACAAAACGUGGCACUUCAGAAAAAGAUUGCUAAACUAGUAAGGGAGAAGCAUGAUGCUGUUGCAAAAACCCAAGAUUACGUACACCUCUUACAAGAAGCUAACCUACAAAAAAGUUGGGCACUCUCUAGGGAGAAAAAAAAGGAAGAGGAAAUGAAAAAAACGAAAUAUGAAAUGUCUCGAUUCGCAGAAGAUAAUGCUGCAAGAAUUAGAAAGGCAGUAGACAUGGCAAAGAAGCAGUAUAAGGUGCAGAUUUCUCGACUAGAAGAAGAACUUUCAGCUCUUCAGAUGGAAUGUGGAGAAAAACAGUGUCAAAUUGAACGAGCUGUUAGAGAAAAGAGAGCAGUAGAAGCAGAACUUGAAAAGAUUUACAGGGAAGACGAAGGAUAUGAAUCUGACAACAGAAAACUAGAGCAGCUGCAUCAGAAGUACUUACGUGCAGAGACUACAAUAGAUGACCUUCAGCUCACUCUUCAGACAACACAAAAUAAACUGAAACAGCUGGAAAUGAACUUUGAGGAGGAGAAAUCCAGUUCCCAGGAAGUUGUCUGUAAUUUGCAAAGCACUUUGAAAUCAGAAAGAGAAAAGAGUGUCUCUAUCAGUGAACAAAGUCUAAAGCUUCAGCAAGAGAAUGAACAGUUGCAAAAAGAAAUGGAGGACUUGAGAAAACAGGUCAUAGAGGCUCAACGAAAAGCUAACAUAAAGAUAAGCACAAUGGAACAUGAGCAUGAUGUGAAAAAACAUGGAUAUGAAGCUCGACUUAAGGAAAUGGAAGACAGCAAUCAGAAGUCUACUGCUGAACUUACGUGUCUGUUAUUAGCCCAGAAAAAAGCAACAAAUCAAUGGAAAGAAGAAGCAAACAAAAUUACUGAAACUACAGAAGCCAGGAUCAGAAAGCUAGAAAGAGAGCUAAGUCAACAAAAAAUUUGUAACCAGGAGCUCAUUUCUCAACUGGAAGUUGCAAAUGAAAAGGCAACCGAGGAUAAAAAAUUAAUGAGGGAAUAUCGAGAACACAUCAAUCGGCUUCAAAGGCGUCUAAACCAGGCAGAACAGAGGGCAGCUACAGCAACUCAAAAGGUCAGCCUCAUAACAACACAGAAUAAAAAUGCUGCUCCCCUGAAGGGGUUGGAAGAUAUGUAAACACCUGCAUUGUUUCUUCACACCAUGUUGGAGUUUAAAUUCAUUUCCCGGCCUCUCUCUGCUCCACAGGAAAGCUUGAGGUACCUUCUGCAACCUGAGAUCUGCAUUGCAGCUGCUCUGAGUGAAGGCAUAGCACAGACAGUAGAGACCCUUCACUGGAGAUGUGACCUUUGCUUUCCAACAAGUGCCCACCCACCAUUCUGCCCUGAGGGUGAGACAGGACAUGUGCCUCAACUUGGGCGGGAGGCCUGUGGAAUGUCCCUCCUUCAAAGAGGUGUCCAAAUGCAUAGCAAGGCUUAUAAAACUUAGAUUUUAAGUUCUAAUGUUUAAAUUAUUAGAUCUAAAUCUAAACCAUUUUUAAUGUUUUAUCUAAAUGUUUAAAUAAACAUUUCCUAGUUUAUUUAGGUAAGGGGGUGGAUCAAGAUACUCUAUCCGUAGGCAUAAAG